GGGAGGAGCCGCCGCCGGCCUGGUUUGUGCGGAAGGGCCUAGUCGCCGGCCUCCUGUUGUGGGGUCUCGGUACGACGAGCAUCGCUCUCUGCCGUCCUUCGACACCAGCUCAGCCCACUUCCCGUCCCCGGCGGACUGGGCCAGCGGAAGACCCGCCGGAGCCAUGGAGGACGAGGUGGUUCGCAUCGCCAAGAAGAUGGACAAGAUGGUGCAGAAGAAGAACGCGACUGGAGCAUUGGACUUGCUGAAAGAGCUUAAGAAUAUUCCCAUGACCCUCGAAUUAUUACAGUCUACAAGAAUUGGGAUGUCAGUUAAUGCCAUUCGCAAGCAGAGUACAGAAGAAGAAGUUACAUCUUUAGCAAAAUCUCUCAUCAAAUCCUGGAAAAAACUAUUAGAUGGACCAUCAACUGAUAAAGACCCUGAAGAAAAGAAAAAAGAGCCUGUAAUUUCAUCGCAGAAUAGCCCUGAAGCAAGAGAAGAAAGUAGUUCCAGUGGCAACGUAAGCAGCAGAAAGGAUGAGGCAAAUGCUCGUGAUAUUUAUGUUUCGUCUUUUCCUCGGGCACCAAGCACUUCCGAUUCUGUACGAUUAAAGUGUCGGGAGAUGCUUGCUGCAGCUCUCCGAACAGGAGAUGACUAUGUUGCUAUUGGGGCUGAUGAAGAAGAACUAGGAUCCCAGAUUGAAGAAGCUAUAUAUCAAGAAAUAAGGAAUACAGACAUGAAAUACAAGAACAGAGUACGAAGCAGGAUAUCAAAUCUUAAAGAUGCAAAGAAUCCAAAUUUAAGGAAAAAUGUACUAUGUGGGAAUAUUCCCCCUGACCUGUUUGCUAGAAUGACAGCAGAGGAAAUGGCUAGUGAUGAGCUCAAAGAAAUGCGGAAAAACUUGACCAAAGAGGCCAUCAGAGAGCAUCAGAUGGCCAAGACAGGUGGAACUCAAACUGACUUAUUUACCUGUGGCAAAUGUAAAAAGAAGAAUUGUACUUACACACAGGUGCAAACUCGUAGUGCUGAUGAACCAAUGACAACCUUUGUUGUCUGUAAUGAAUGUGGAAAUCGAUGGAAGUUCUGUUGAGUUGGAAGAAUUGACAAAAUAUCUGGACCAUUAAGAGAAUGGAUUUUGUAAUUAGCUUUAAAACUAGGCUAAGUAACUAGUUUCCUGCAAGUCAUAUUUUUAAAACCACAUACAUCCAUGGAUUAGUCUUUGUUUUUCACCUAACAUCCUUCCUUAAAUGCCUUCUGGAGUUUCUGUAGUAAGUAAGGCCAGACUAUACCUAUAUAUCUGUUUCAAAAAUUUUAUUUUUCAUUUUUAUAAGUAAGUUGAUGCUGAACUUUUAUCAACUAAACUUUUGGCAAUUUUAAUGUUUCUUUUUAAGGGAAAUACUAACUUUUUUACUGUCUGAAACACAGUUGAAAUUCUGUUUCUCUGUUAAUACAUAAAUAAAAAUUAUAUUUCUCAUUGGCAUGUACCUACAAAUAUUAAAGGAGGACAAAAAAGGUAAUAUAAUUUUAGAUUUGCCAAAUAUAUGUAUUCAAGUAAUACUUGACCAGCUCAUCAAAAUUGUACAUAAUAUUUGAACUCAUGUAUAAGUUUGAUUUUAUUAUGUUCAUAAGCCUAGCAAAACUAGAUACUCUUUUACAUCUGUAACUAACCAUGAUUAUCAUUUGUUGUAUUUCUCUUACAUGUAUAUUACUUGAUUUUAAUAGAUUUCACUUUUGGGAACAUGACUUUGUUGAAAUCAGUUUGGUUUUGUUGUUUAUUUCUAUUUGACAUUGCAGUGUAUUUUAGUUUUGCAGAAGCAUCCACAUAGUUUGCUAAGCUUUUCAUAUAAAUCCCUUCACAAGCAAAGAACGAACAAUUCUGAUGAAUUCCCCCUCAUGGGAAGAAAAUGUUUGCAUCGUAGUAUAUAUAGUUUAGCUAUUGUAAAUAGUUCAUGACUUGACUUUGACUUGAAAAUCUUUUGCUGACCAAGGAUUUAGCCUAAGAACUGUAUAAGUCAUUAAUGCUGUGGUCUUUCCAUGUGGAGGUUAAUAGAAGAAAAUGUUGUUCUGAAUCUUGUGCUGACUUUUUCUGUUGUAUGGUGACAAAUUGUUGAACCAUCUGAAAAUGUGAUUUGUAGCAAGUAGUUUUGCAAUACAGAUUUUACAGUUAUGUGUACCAUUUGUUCUGUUAGGAAUAAGAAGCAGUGGGUUUCUCAUUAUUUUUUUCCUCUCGUAGUUUUCUUGAUAUAGCUAUUAUAACAUAAAUUAAAGGUCAGCAUUGCCAAGACUACAGUUUUCACAUUGGAUCUCCAUCCUAUUGGACACCUACCAAAAGAUCUACAUGCUUGUACUCUCCUUUGUUCUCCUCUUCAGUUUCUGCAAAUCAUUUUGACAUAAUACAGAAAACAAUAUUUAAAUUUGAUUGGUACCAACCUCCCUUUACUUUGUCAGGGUUUAUCCAUCAUUUUAAAAACAAAGUACAAUUCUGAAAGAACUCAUUUAAGAAUAAGAAAACUAAAAUAGUCCCACUUUUAAAUUAAGUGAUCCAUUUUAAAAUUUGCAAUCCAAUAAAGUUCUUUGUUAAGUGUA